UCGUACCUUAUCAUGAUACAUCGAAACAGUUUUCCACAAAUUUUCUGCUUAAGAACCGGUUGACAUUUCUAUCCCAAAGAAUAUUAUGCGCUUGCGAUAAGAUCCAUGAAACGGCUUCCGCCUCGUAACAGAAACGACAGUAGAAUGCAGGCAUCUGCCUGGGAUCGACGUACACGUCCGUGUACUAAUUCUGACCUUGGAAACAACAAGAGGGAUUGCUUGUUUGCAUGCAGUACGCUUUGCAGUUAUAAAAGGAGUGUGAGCCGACAAAUUUACUUAACAGUAUCUGUAGUUUAACUUUCUUUCCUUUCUGUAAUUUUUUUCUUUCUGCUGUUUUUUAACUCGCGAAAUUAAUGGGCUUUAUGACCGAAGCGUCAUCGACGCUGUAGUUUUUCUGAAUAAAAACUCUGAAUCAAAGAUGUUAAUUUGGUGUGGAGUGAGACGAUUAUCAGUGGAAGUUCAAGUUACGACGCUCUACGUUCUGCAAUGGGUUAUUGCGGCGAAGUUUCCCGGCGUUCAUACUCAGCAGUUAACAAAAGGAACUGGCAAAACAUACAUUUUCGUCCACGCUCCUAACGCAAUUAUACCUUCCCGACCUUAUGCAAUCAAUGUGCGUACUUUUGGUAAAAAUCAGAGCGCACGAGUUACAGCAUCUUUGACAGCCACAUCAGAAAGCAUCGGGAAGCGCUGUGAAGAAUACAUCGAUACUUCCGGCUCCAGUGAACUAUCGCAGCUUGUACUGACGACUAACUGCUUAUCCGGCGUGAGAACCUCUCAGAACUUGAUGCUAAACAUCACGGUCAAAUGCCUAAAUACCAGCAAUGUUCAGUGGCAUGAGUUUGUCGUCAGAGGAGUGCUGGAAGAAAGUCUCGUUUUGAUACAACUAGAUAAACCAAUAUACAAGCCAGGCGAUACCAUCAAAUAUCGAAUACUUUUGCUUGAUGACUCUUUACUGCCCACAAAAAAUGAGGAUGGCACGAUUACGGUGGAUGUCAAGUUCAAUUACUUUCAGCGGCAGGGCAACAAGCCGACAUCAAUGUUUGAGGAAACAAAACAGUCAACAUACAAAAACAUUACCUAUUUCGAAGGACAUCUGGAACUCUUCUUGCACAUGGAUAAUUCAGUCUUAGGAAAGUGGGACUUAGAAGCCGUUGCGCGGAAUCAAAACGUCGAGCUGGGUCGAGGCAAAAAAGAAUUUUUAGUCGAAAAAUACGUUCUUCCUCGGUUUAACAUCAGUUUCAAAAUGCCAAAAUAUGUUACGACUGAGAACAACAGCGUUGAGGGAUACAUUUCCGUUCGGUAUCAAAACUGGAAGCCGGUUAAAGGCACAAUACAAAUCUCCGUUUUUUUCGACUUUCAAAAUUACUCACAGGAAAUAACUGAAUGCCGUCGCAGACCGCAGCAUACUGAUAAGCCUACGUACCUUCAUAACAAAGAUGUGUUCUGCAGCAUCACCGCAAUUAGAGAGCAGUUCGUUCAAAACAACAAACUCUGCAUGGGGCACAAGAAUUACCCUUACAAUUUCCGCAUUGUCGUAAAUGCAACUGAGGAUCUCACUGGAAAAACUGUGAACCAGACGCAUAAUUUAUCAGCUUUAUACUGCCGACCCUUUCGUAUUGUAACCGAUGUGAACGAGCAAACUGGAAAAUGGCUGUUUCGUCCGGAAGGGCCACACCACCUGAACAUUUGGCUAGAAUAUGCUGGUCGUGAAGGACUGCCAUAUCGCUUCCCGCCCGAUGCAUUAUAUCGCAUAAUAUCCAUUCGUGCCAAAGGUUACAUGAAAAACACUACGAGUAGCAGUUUAGGAAAACCAAAGACAAUGCGGCAAGAGAUGCCAACCAAUGGGACGGUCCAAUACGCCUGCACCACCGCCACCGGCAGCUGGGCACCGGAUAUUAUCUGUCUUACUAUUACGGUUAAUUACUCCACUAAUUUCGAAACCAACCAGAGCAUCGAGGAGACUGUCCUGCUUUACGCCUACGCACAAAAGAUUUCAAUUGAGCAACUCAACAACGGAAUUCCAUUUCCGAAAAAUGGAAGUUUAGCAGAAUUUCGCAUUCGCACGACGUAUCGCAGCUGCAAAGCGUGCGAUGUCCAUUACAGCAUUUUAACACGGUCGGGAAUUCGUGGUACCUCUGUGCUUCCACAAAAUCCUUCAUUGCGGCCGGAUAGGGUGGAUGAAUUACAGUUUGAGGUCACGGAAGAUAUGUGGCCGAAAGCGAAGCUAUUGGUGUAUUAUGUCGACGACAGGGGAAAUGUUGUGGCGGAAGUAAAAGACUUUCGAGUGUUAAGACCACCAUUAACGUUGAACGUCAGUAGUGUCCAUUUGACUCGGCACGGAACGCGUACGGCUUGUGCCUCGGUAAAUACCGGUGGACAGUCGCUGGUGGCCUUUUCGGGAAUCGAUCGUGGCUUGUUGAAAGAAGUCCGUGGAAAACUCCGCUAUCAUCACUUUAAGCCAAACGUUAUCGACCAAAAACUGAAUAAACUUCCGGUGGUUUCCUGGUUUUCCCGUGACGUGCCGAUGGUGGUUCAGGAAUCCAGGAAAGUUAAAGACAUUUUCGAACAAGCCCACAUUAUCGCGCAUGCUUUCGUAUUAGGAGACAGAGGCAAAGUCGGCCCGAGAAAAUCGAAACCUGAUGGGAAAAGUUCUACUGAACGAGGAACGUUUAAUAAACUGGAAGAUAAAAUGGAGGGAGGUGAAGGUGACACAGAAAGGAGAGACGACUUUCGAGACAGCUUCUUAUUUGAGGCAGGAUUUACAGAUGAAGUUGGUAAUCUGGAAGUGUGCGGCAAGCUACCAGAUUCUCUGACGGACUGGUCCAUAAUGGCCUUUAGUAUCGAUGGAUCUACAGGUUUAAAGGUCACCGAUAAUUCAUCUAAGCUGUUGCAACAGCAGCGGGAUAUAUCCAUUGAUCUUGAUAUGCCUUAUGAAAUAGUACAAGAAGAAAAGCCCAACAUUCAGUUAUACGUCUACAACAACGGAAGGGAAACCCGGAAGUUAACUGUGGAGGCCGGAAUAUGUUUUUAUCCGAUGGACGAUCUAAACUUAUCUAAUUGUGCUCGACCGUUUUCGCAUGCAUAUGAUAUCUUAUUGGAAAACGGAUCACUGAACGCCUGUCCGAUAUAUCAGUACUUGCCCGAAACGUUUUUUACCUCUAUAGGAACUAUUAAAUUCGAUAUUGAUGUGCGGAGUGAUUAUAAACACGAAGAUCGGUUUACUAAAACAAUUUCCGUUAUCCCCAAAGGAAUCGCACGGCAAGCAUGGUCGCCACCGUAUUCCAUUGAGCUGGGAGUCGACAAGAGCCAGUCCAAAACUGUUGAUUUAUCCAAGAAAUUUCCGCAGCUAGAGUCAUCAAGGAUUGUGCCCGAGUCAAGGAGUACCACUAUCAUUUUCUCUGGUGACACAUGGAGUUCAGUUUUGCAUUCAUUAGCAAAACUCAACGAAAACUUUCAACAUUCAGCGUGGUCACCCUUUAAAUGUGGGGAAAAGAAUAUGGCAUUCUUAAUGAUAAACACAUUUUUAGCAAAAUAUUCCACAUUGCUAAAUAUCAGAGGAAUCAAUCUGGAAAUGUUGAAAAACAAUAUCCAAGCAGCAUAUGAUCGUCAAAAAGCGUUCAGAAUGCCUGACGGAUCUUACAACACUUUUGGCGACACUGCAAUUAAUGGAUCAACAUGGUUAACAGCCCAUGUCGUGCGCGGUUUCAUCCUAGCUGGAAAGUUCAUCACCCCUCCUAUCGAUACAACGGCUCUUCGAAAAUCCCUUAAGUUCUUGUCGGAGCAAGUGGCCUUAGACGGAUCGUUUGUGGAACAUGGAAUUUCUAUGGAUACCCCAUCCGGUUCUGGAGUUUCACUUACGGCAUUUUCGCUUUUGGCAUUUAUUGAGGCCAAGUAUUCUCCAGUUGAUCAGAAAGGUCAUUACGAAAAAAAUGUAUCUAAGGCCAUGCGAUAUCUGGAGAACCAGUUUAAUACUUCUAGUGUAAAAACUGAUCCUUACACACUCGCAAUAACGAGCUACGCGCUUGUGCGUCUAAACAGUCCACACCAGACAAAGUUUAUUGCCGCAUUGAAAUCCCUCGCGAAAACUGACGGCAACAGGAAGUACUGGAAUCCCUCCCCGAAAGCAACUGGUAACCGUGAAGCUAUUGCUGUGGAGACGGCAGCGUACGCCUUAUUAACUUGCCUCCGAAGCGAAGCAUCCUCGAGUUGGAACCGAUCAGAUUGCGAGCAAAUUUUUAAUUGGUUAUUAUCAAAAAGAAACCCGCGCGGCGAUUUCAUAUCCACUACGGAUACAGUCGCUGCACUGCAUGCACUGGAGAAAACUGCCGAAAGAACUGUAAAAAGUAUCAGUUAUGCCGACAUCACCGUUCAGUGUAAUGGAGAUCCCAACGACACACAAUCCAUCCAGCUAAACAACACAAUUCGCAUCCAUUCUGUACAUUUUAGCAGACACUGUCAAACACCGCAAAUCCGAUUGCGUGGAAAGGGCACAAUUUACUAUCAAAUACAGUGCAACUACAACGAACUGCAGCUGGAUCCUCAACCGGGGCCUUUUGAAGUUACGCAUCAACUACUCACCUACGGGCGUGGUGAUAAAAAGAUUCUCAAAAUAUGUUUCCGUUACCUUUACAAUGAAAAUCCUGGAACCGUGUUUGUCGAAGCCGAAGCUUUAACCGGCUGCAGUUUUGAAGGUGGUGUGCUCCUGGAAGUUGCGCAUGCUCGUUCAUACGAAGUGGAUUUGGAGAGAACAAACGGGAAAAAAUUUGGAGCUUUGAUUCAGUUUACAAAGUGGAACCAACAAGAAGUGUGCGUCGAACCACACUUGUACAAAGAACGGGAGGCGAACAACAUUGCUGCGCGACCAAUCAAGAUUUCCCGAUAUUAUGGUAGUCAAAACGAAACAACAACAAUCAUGUACCCUCUGUAACGGAUUUACCAUCAUGAUACGAUUAUCCCCAAAAUGUAUUGCUAAUAGCAUAAAGCUGUAAUUAAUACGUAAUCAAAUUCGAUGUAGUUUUAUAGCUAAUCCGUUUUGGUUUAUUUUUUGAACUUAUCCGAUUUUCGUAACACUAUGAUCACUGUUUAUUGUUCCAAUAUAUAUUUGACAAAUAACUGAUUUGGUGAGAUUCUGCACAUUUUACGAAAAAUAUUGAAUGCACUGA